GUCAUGUCAAACAAGGAAGCCUGGGUUGGGACCUGGAGGCCCCACAAGCCAAGAGGGCCCAUUGCUGCCCUUUAUGGUAGCCCGGGGCCCAAAUAUGCGCUGCCUGGACUGACAGGAAACACUAAACAUGAUCCGACUAAAGGCAAAGCACCCAUGUACAGCUUUGGGAUACGUCAUCAUCAGCCCAAUCAUGACUCCUCCCCUGGACCUAAAUACCUCAUCCCCUCUAACAUCACCAGAUCAGGCCGAGAUGGCACACCGGCAUUUUCACUCCACAGCCGUCAAAAGGAUCCUGAAGUGUUCAAGGCCCCUGGACCAGGUAAAUAUUCCCCAGAGAAUUCAGAAAAGUGGAUCUUCCGCUCUUCUCCGGCUUAUUCUUUAGCUGGAAGGAGCAAAGAAGAAAGCACUAACCAAACACCAGGUCCAGCCGCUUAUAGCCUGCCUCCUGUGUUCGGGUCUAAAACUGUGGGUAAAACUGCAGCUCCCUGCUUCUCCAUCUGCGGCCGCAGCAAAACUGGAAACUUCGAUGAAGACCUGAAGAAUACUCCUGGCCCUGCUGCCUACAAAGCUGUGGACCCAUAUAUUUACAUGAAAAAACCUCCACAUUUCAGCAUGACAGGCCGCAACUACACACCGUGUGAUUCCACAAUGAAACCAGGCCCGGGUGCACACUAUCCUGAGAGGGUGACCAACACAAGAGCAAAAGCGCCGAGCUUUUCAUUUGGACUGCGUCACUCAGAAUACAUCGCCCCCCUCAUUGAAGAUGUGCUUGAAUAA